GCUGGCUGGGGAGGGGCGGCCAUGUCGGGGCCGCACAGCGCCUGAGGGGCCGGCGGUGUUCGCCGCGGCGGCGCCCAGCGCCAGCGGGCCCUGCCCCUCGUCCUGCCGGAAGGGACAGCGGGGCCGGCGGGGCUCGGYAGCCGGGCCGGCGGCGGGUGCGGGCGGUCCCUGCAGAGCUGGCUCGGUCCCAUCGCCGGGCGAGCGGCAGCGGGGCCGUGCGCCCGCAGAACGGCUGUGUGUGCGUGUCUCCUCCUGUCUGCCGUCCUGCCUCCGUGCCGGAGCUCUACGUCUUCUCUAACAAACUCUCUGCCUUGCUUCUCCCCCCGCCCCCCGGGCUUCUGCUUUGUGGAUGUUGGCGGCUUCAUGUUGUGACAGGAGAAUGUGUGUAUGUCCUGGGCCCAGGCGGAUCGCUAUUCCAGUCCGAAGCUCCAGGCUACCWUUGUUGUCUGAUGCCAUGCCAGCACCAGCUCAUCUGUUCCCAUUGAUUCGUAACUGUGAGAUUAGCAGAAUAGGCAGUACUGCGUGUUACUGCCACCAYAGACAUCUGUGUUGUUUGUCAUCUCAUUUUGCUCACAGUCACUUCAGAUAUGCACCGCAGAAGAAAUUUGCGGCACUUUAUAGGCCAAAGGAGCACUUUAAUCACUUUAUUCACACAAGGGAUCAUGCUUCUGCGCCACAGAGGUUUUACCUCACCCCUCCACAGGUCAACAGCAUUCUGAAGGCGAAUGAAUACAGUUUCAAAGUCCCAGAAUUUGAUGGCAAAAAUGUAAGUUCUGUUCUUGGCUUCGAUAGUAACCAGUUGCCUGCUAAUGCUCCAAUAGAGGACCGGAGGAGUGCUGCCACUUGUUUACAGACRAGAGGGAUGCUUCUGGGUGUGUUUGAUGGCCAUGCAGGCUGUGCUUGUGCUCAAGCUGUCAGUGAAAGACUGUUUUACUACAUUGCUGUCUCUUUGUUACCUCAUGAGACUUUACUUGAAAUAGAAAAUGCUGUGGAGAGUGGCAGAGCUCUGUUGCCCAUUUUACAGUGGCACAAGCAUCCCAAUGAUUAUUUUAGUAAAGAGGCUUCCAAGCUUUACUUCAACAGUCUAAGAACUUACUGGCAGGAGCUGAUUGACCUCAACAGUGGAGAGACUACUGAUGUGAGAGAAGCUUUAAUUAAUGCCUUUAAGAGGCUUGAUAAUGAUAUUUCUUUGGAAGCUCAAGUAGGAGAUCCAAAUUCUUUUCUCAACUACCUAGUACUGCGAGUAGCAUUUUCUGGUGCAACUGCCUGUGUGGCCCAUGUGGAUGGUGUYGACUUGCACAUUGCAAACACAGGUGACAGUAGAGCAAUGCUUGGCGUUCAGGAAGAAGAYGGAUCUUGGUCUGCAGUUAAUUUGUCCUAUGAUCACAAUGCACAAAAUGAACGUGAAGUGGAACGUGUGAAAAUGGAGCAUCCGAAGUCUGAAGAGAAAAGUCUUGUGAAACAAGAUCGUCUCCUGGGUCUCCUGAUGCCCUUCAGAGCUUUUGGUGAUGUGAAAUUUAAAUGGAGUAUUGAACUGCAGAAGAGAGUAAUAGAAUCAGGCCCAGAUCAGCUGAAUGACAAUGAAUAUACAAAGUUUAUUCCUCCAAAUUAUUACACUCCCCCRUAUCUCACAGCUGAACCAGAAGUCAUACAUCACAGAUUAAGACCACAGGAUAAGUUCYUGGUUUUGGCCACAGAUGGGCUGUGGGAGACAAUGCACAGACAAGAUGUGGCUCGAAUUGUAGGGGAGUACCUCACUGGUGUUCAUCACCAGCAGCCAAUAGCUGUUGGUGGCUAUAAGGUAACUUUGGGACAGAUGCAUGGUCUCUUAACAGAAAGGAGAGCAAGAAUCUCUUCAGUAUUUGAAGAUCAGAAUGCAGCAACUCACCUGAUCCGUCAUGCAGUGGGUAACAAUGAGUUUGGAACUGUGGAUCAUGAGCGACUGUCCAAGAUGCUUAGUCUUCCAGAAGAGCUGGCUCGAAUGUAUAGAGAUGACAUUACAAUUAUUGUGGUGCAGUUCAAUUCACAUGUUAUAGGGGCAUAUCAAGAUGAAGAGUUGUGAAUCUAAUGUGGUGAACUUGUUACCAAGGUUGUAAAAAUGGCCAGUAUGAGCAGCAAAUAAAAACUAUCCACCCAAAAUUAAAAUAAAAAAAAGCCCCUGGACAAACAAUUGUUUGCUAGAUUCAACAUAUCUAUURUUCCUGCCUUUUCCCAGAUCUCUAAAUACAUGGGAAAUGCUAUUGACCUAAUACAAAACUUGAAGAGGAUGYCCUAGCUUGGGAAAAGAGGUUUUUAUAACAACUUUGCACUAUUGAUUUCAUGACUGCUGCUAAAACAGUGUCUUGAAUUUGGCAAAUUUGGAUGAGGGAGGAAGUAGGAUAAARAAUAAACUGUCAAAGAUGUGGCAGUUCAAGAAACAGCUUGCUUAUAAAAUAUCUGCRAAUAUAUACACUUAAAGAAAAGAUGAGUGAAAAGUAUUGUUGAAUUUUUUACAGAGCUAAUUCUUGCAAUGGUUAUCUGUGAAUAUAUUGGUCUAUUGUUUCUUCUAAGCAGAAGGUCACUUUCACCAAGUAAGUCUUCAGUGUAACAAAGUUGUCUCACUUUCAUAUGGACAAUGUCAUUCACAUAUUUGUCUAAGUGUUGACUUUCAAUGCAGGUCUAAGCCAUAAUUGAUACCUGAGAUUCUGUUACAGCUUAAUCAUAUCUUAUGCACGGUAACUUCUAAAUUUCUUGUGCAUUAAUAGUUGGCUGUGGGUUUCUGCACAACUUAUAGGGCAAUAACACAUUACAACAUGCAGCAAGAUAYCAGAUGAUUUUGUGGAGGACUUUGGUUUUCACUGUAAAGAAACUUUCAGACUUUUCAAAAAGUCAGUAUUGUUGGUUAAGGCUGUGUUUGCUUUCCUAAAGGUUAUGUCCUUCAUGGACUCCGCCCCUCUCUGGUGUUGCUUACCUAGUAAAUAAUUUUUCACCUGAAAAGAUCAGGAAAUCAUUGCUAACCUCUUUGUAGCCAUGUAACUUGCACUCGUUUUCACUUUGGGUAUUUCAAAAGGUUGCAUUGUAUGUCCUUCCCUUGAAGUCAUAUGUGUUAGGUUAAAAACUACAAAUUACAAAAAAUUGACGUAUGGCUUGUAAAUAGCAUUUUAAUUGGGAAACUCACUGGCAUGCAUGUGUAUGUUCAGUGGCUAUUUCUAGCAACUUCUUUUACUUGUGUGUUUCUGGGCAGCUGGUGUAUGCAUGUUUUUACAGUCCAGAAUGCUAUCACAGAGCAGUCUCUGAAAUGGAUCUCUGUGGCUUAUAAAGGUUGAAUUUGAACUUAAAAGAUUGGCUGUUCUUGUGUGCCAAAAUUGUUGGGCUUGUAAUGGUAAAAAAGUAGGGGCUGACAGCUAAUUGGUCAUCAUUGCGUCUAUUUUAGGUAUGUUGCAYUGUAUACACAUUUAUUUUAACCUGCCCUUAGGUUAAAAACUGAAAUGCCUGCUGAAAUAUUAGUCUGUGAUCACCGAAAGAACAUAUGUAACUUUGUUUCUGCGUUCUAUAGAACAAUAAGCUGAUAGGUCAGCUUAUUUCACUUUACCAAGGUGUUUCAAUUAAAAUACCUCCCUAGCCUUCAUAGCUAGUUGAAUCAACACUUAAUUAACCAAAACAUGGUAUAUUUCUAAAGUGGCAUUUUCUGCUAAAURUGUCUUGCCAAUUAAUGCUACUGUUACAUAAGGUACACUUAGUUUGAACAAUGAACCUGUCCUAUCGUAAACAUUGGCUCCUUAAACUGAGAAAUGCUAUGUGUACUCAGUGGCCUGCAGCUUCAGUAUGUCUCUUUCUUUACCUAMCCUUAACUAUCAGCAUCAAUAUUGCUGUGAGGUUAAUGAUGCCUAAGUUCACAUUAAAAAUGUGCACAACCCUUSUUUAUUUGAAGGGAAAAGGGAAACUCUAAAAUGCUUAGACAAGUACUGGCUGUUGACAUUGCUUCUGUAUGUUGUGUUUUGGUGACUGUGUCAUGAACUAGGUCAAUAGACUAUGUUCUAUCAUUCAAAUGCAGUAUAUAUCCCAGCUGUUGCAGUAUUCAACUUUCUUACUUUUUUUACUGUUAAAGCUCUAUUAACAUGUAUUGAUGUAUUUAACCUAUGAUUGUUAAUAUGGAUUUGGUACAAGUCAUAGCUACAAGAAAUGCACAUUGGUCCCAUGGAUACAACUUUUAUUGAGGAAAAGCUGCUUUUUGUAGUAAAGAUACUUAAGUAUGGGGUCAAAUAUUUAUGUAUUGCUUGGAGGCUUGCUCAGUAUGUAUGCAGUGAACACAAGCAGCAUAACUGCCUGCUGAACAGGUGAUCUGAACAAACAUCUUUUAACAGAUUCCAAUAAAAUGAUCAAUUAUGCAGAAAUCCAUGUGUAUUGAGUUGAUGUAGAAUGUGAUAUCUGUUCUGCUAGGUCUUUGUUCUGUUGUGUGAUCCCUGUUAGGAACACAUCAGAUAGGCAAAGAAAGUGGAACAUAAAUGGAAACAAACUGAGAACUGAACUUCAGAGCCCUUCAAURCUACUGUGAGGUUCGGUGCCACCCUGCAUCAGCCGUGCUGGUGCUGCCUCCCCCAGGUGGCAAGGCUCAUAUCCUUCCAUCAAUAUCGCUGCAUAUCUCAGUUCCCAGCACCUCAKGAGUACUU